AAACACUCAAAGAUUUUGUUGAAACAAAAGAAAUAAAAUAAUGGCAUAUUAUUCUUUAAAAAAUAAGCAUAAUAAAGGAAACUCAGUGUUUUCUCCAUACUAUAUAUACAAUCUCUCUUAGUUCAAACUUAAUUCAAUCUUAAGUCAAGCAAGCAAUAACCUUUCUAUUUCUUCCAAAACACUCCACUCAGACAUUUCAACAAACAUCUAUGGCUGAAUCCACAUCCUCGCCAGCUCAACUCGUCCAAAAUCUCGUCGGAGACUUCUACUCAAGAAGGCUACUCCUAAUUCACAACCCGCUCAAUCCUUCUCCGGCAACGGCGGGGGCUGCGGCCACUCCUCCUUCGGCCUUUCCCGGCCAUGAUUCAUCGGAGCAAUAUCCCGGAGACAGCAGCUUCGACGCAAAUGUCGUCAUGGUCCUCUCAGUUCUCCUCUGCGCAUUAAUCUGUUCACUCGGACUAAACUCCAUAAUUCGCUGCGCAUUAAGGUGCUCCAGCUUCGUGGCCUCGUCCGAUUCUAGAUCGAGUCCUGUUUCGGCUCAAUUGGCCACCAACACCGGAGUUAAGAAAAAGGCCUUGAAGACUUUCCCAACCGUGAGCUACUCUUCGGAUCUGAAUCUCCCAGGACUUGAUACUGAGUGUGCCAUCUGCUUAUCGGACUUCGCCACUGGCGAGCGUGUUCGUCUUCUACCUAAAUGCAACCAUGGAUUUCACAUCAAAUGCAUCGAUAAAUGGCUCAAUUCUCACUCUUCUUGCCCUAAAUGUCGACACAAUCUUCUCGAGACUUGCCAGAAGAUCGUAGGCGUCGUUGAAAACCCACAAGCGAACCCUUCGGUAUCGCUUCCGUCACCGCCACCGGCGGUUCAAGAAGUAGUCAUUAGGGUUUCGCCGCUAGAACCCGAAGGUCCCGUUCGUAGUUACUGAGUUCAAAGAAAGUAACUAAAAAACUGGAAAUUCUUUAAGUUGGUCUGUUGUUCGGACAAAUUUGCCCCUGAGCUAGCUAGCUUUAUCCUUACGUGGAUGAAAAAACAAAACAAAAAAUUGUAGUUCUUAGUUGUGUAAAUUGUAUAUAAUUAUUAUUCUCCAAAAAUAGAAUGUGACAGCUUAAUUAAUUGUUC